AUGGAUGAGGCAACGGGGCUGGCGAGUGUGCUUCCGCACUGGCGACAGUUACGGUCUUCGCUGUGGAUCAUUCGUCUUGCGAUAUAUCUAGAUGAAGAAGCAAGUCGAUAACUUUUUCUUUCAUCAUAGGUAUCUUAUUGAAGGUCGGGGCAACAUGUAUAAGAACAUCCUCUAAAACAAGUGUCGAAACUGCACGAGCAUCCGAAAAAGGAAAAGCCUAACGAUGCAGAGAGAAUGGGAAUGCAUGUAUUCGAAAUUAUAACUGAGUACGAUGCUUUUCUGGUUCCCUUGUUAAUACAAUAGUGCCGAAUAGAGAAGAUUUGCGUCGUUAACGAAAAACCCAGGCCGUUUCAAAGUCCAUGCUUGUUCUUUGUCUUCAGGUACACCAGGUGACCGCCAAAAAUAUCACUCUGCUUAAGCUGGAUUCUGACGCUUUAUAUUUUAGACGAAUGGGGCUCCCGGUAGCUGCUGGCAAGCUGAAGCCAGACCCCCUUUUGAAGAAGGUGGCUGAUUAAGGGCUACAGUGUAAUAUAAAAGUAGGAUCAUGGCGCAGCGCUGAUGUUCAUAUGCAUUGCCUUUAUUUUUCGUAGAGAUUGAGAUACAGACUGGACGGACCAAGUACAGGCGCUCCAAUUGAGUAGCCUUCGGAUGCAUUACCUUUCUAAACCCUGAAUAUCAUCCUGCCGGGAGAUCUAUUCCUACUCGAUCGAGCUCUCGGCGACAGGGUGACAAAAGAUGAGGC